AUGCGCCGACCACAGGAAAGUUCUUUCAAGAUCGUCAAAGAAAUUGUAACCUCAAAUGGUUCCCCAAUAAGCCCAAUUGAGCAAUUUGGUACUGAUGAUGGAGAUUCCAAUGAUGGAUCCUUUUUGUCUACACUGUUUAUGAUAAUUACAAUAGUCAUAAUUUUCGUGAUAGUGGCUACUAUCUACCGACGUUCCAAAAAAUCAAUACCAAAGAUCGACAAUUAUUUUGCACUCGAACCUCGUAAUACAUCAGCAGAUGAUGAUUCUAUAUUACACCGAGGUUUGCUUAACGAAGAAGAGGAAGAGACAGCCCCUUCAGAUGACAACGUAUUAAGAAGUAACGUCACGAGAUAUAAAGAUGAUGACGAAAAUUUAAAUCGAAACGUUGAAGUUUUUGAUACUAAUGAUAAUGAUAAUCAGAACGCAACUAGUUUUGUUGAUACACCUGUGACAUUCCCUGAGGAACAGCAGCAACGACAGAAUAUUUUUAGUAUUAUGGAUGAAGAAGAAGACGAAGAGAAUGCAUAG